ACAUGUCAAAUGUCACCGUGAUAGUCCCACAGCCUUCAGGCCUCCCUGAAAACCGUGAAAAAUAAGAUAAAAGUGCAUUUCGAUUCGGUAAAGUGAUAAACUUUGCUGUAGUGUGCUUGUGUAGAGUGAUUUUUGCCCGUGAUAACUGUAAAUUGGACUUGUGUGUUGUCGCGGCGCGUGAGCCGUGCCUGGCAUGCGCCGGCGGCGCUAAGUGAUGAGCGCGGCGCGCGCGCCUGAGCCCCGCGACCCACCGCGCCAGCCGCGCCGCUCCCAACCGCACCAGGGCGCGGGCGGCGAGCGGCGCGGGCGCAGCAAGCGGCCGUCCGGGAGCUCCACCGCGUCCGGGCCCCUGGGCCGCGGGGCUCUGUCCGACCCUGACAUCCAGGGCCGGCUCCAGCCUAACCUCGACGCGUUCUGGGAGUCCUCCCCUACACUGACGCUUAUAUCCUCCAAGGGCUCAGCAGAUUCAAACUAUUCCCAGCCAUCCUCGGAGCUGUCGCUGGACGAGGACAAGGAGGCGCUGCGCCGCGAGAAAGAAGCGCAGGCACUCUUACAGCUCGACAAGGCUCGGUCGAAGCCGGUGGCGUUCGCUGUGCGCACGAACGUAGCGUACGAUGCCAAUGUCGACGAUGACUCGCCUGUACACGGCAGCGCGAUAUCCUUCGAGGCCAGGGAGUUCCUCCACAUCAAGGAGAAGUACGACAACAACUGGUGGAUCGGGCGUCUCGUGAAAGAGGACGGGGACAUCGGCUUCAUCCCGUCCCCGGUGAAGCUGGAGACGGUACGCGCGGGACAGGCGUCCCGCGGCCGCUACCCGCGCCCCGCGUCCGCCGCCAACCUCACCGCCGGCCCGCAGCCGCUCCCCAGCCGAGGUAGCACCCCUCCCACGCCCGAUGCCCCCUCCUUCGACCGAGGUGAGGACUCAGAUUCGGGGCGAGGUCGGGGGGCGGGGGCGCUGCCGGCCAGCAAAGAGAAGCGCAAGCCCUUCUUCAAGAAGCAGGAAGCGUGCACCCCCUACGACGUGGUGCCGUCCAUGAGGCCCGUGGUGCUGGUGGGGCCCUCGCUCAAGGGCUACGAGGUCACGGAUAUGAUGCAGAAGGCGCUGUUCGACUUCUUGAAGAGGCGCUUUGAGGGCAGGAUAAUAAUAACCCGCGUGAUGUCGGACAUAUCUCUAGCCAAGCGGUCUCUCCUCAACAACCCUUCGAAGAGGGCCAUAAUGGAACGUUCCAACUCGCGCUCGACCUGCUUACAAGAAGUCCAGGCGGAAAUAGAACGGAUAUUCGACCUGGCCCGCACGCUGCAGCUCGUGGUGCUGGACUGCGACACGAUAAACCACCCCUCGCAGCUCGCCAAGACUUCACUAGCACCCACCAUUGUAUACCUCAAGAUUUCUAGCCCUAAAGUUCUCCAACGGCUAAUAAAGUCCCGUGGCAAGGGGCAGAGCAAGAACCUCUCGGUGCAGAUGGUGGCCGCGGAGAAGUUGUCCCAGUGUCCGCCGGAGAUGUUCGACGUGACGCUGGACGAGAACCAGCUAGAGGACGCCUGCGAACACAUCGCCGAGUACCUUGAGGCGUACUGGCGCGCGACGCACCCGCCGGAGGCGGCGCCGCUGUCGCGGCCGCUGCCGCACCCCGCGCUCAACGCGCCGCCCAGCGCCCAUCACACGCAGCCUGAUCCGCCCGCACUCCCCGGAGGGCACCGCGAGAGGUCCGACUCGUAUAACUACGAGCGGGAACGAGGCGGCGGCAGAUCGCGGGCAGCGCGGCCGGAGCGAUUGGAGGAAGAGUACUACCCGCGCGAACGCUACCAGCAGCGCUACCCGCGCGACCAUUACCCCCGGGACCACUACCACGAGGGCUACUCCCACGACUACCCGCCGCACGGGCAGGCGGAGCAGUACGAGCGGGAGGCGUACGGCCACGACUACACGAGAGACUCGUACGCCAGGGAGGAAUACGGGCGGGAGUAUGGGAGGGACUAUAGCAGGGACGCGGGCUACGGGCGCUCUGAGCGGGCGGCGCGCGGGCGCGAGCGUGAGCCGGCGGACGACUACGGCCCGUCGCGGCGCGCGCUCAACGCCGUGUAGCGCUGCCGGCGCCGGCGCGGCGCGCGCUCGACGCCGUGUAGCGCUGCCGGCGCCGGCGCGGCGCGCGCUCGACGCCGUGUAGCGCUGCCGGCGCCGGCGCGGCGCGCGCUCGACGCCGUGUAGCGCUGCCGGCGCCGGCGCGGCGCGCGCUCGACGCCGUGUAGCGCUGCCGGCGCCGGCGCGGCGCGCGCUCGACGCCGUGUAGCGCUGCCGGCGCCGGCGCCGGAGCCCCCCUGCGCCGCGCCGCUCCCCGCCCCGCCGCUAUCGCCGUGGUGCUUUUUUGAGACCGAUUGUGUUGCGGUUUCGUGUAUCCUUAAUGUUUUGUACCGCACUCCUCGAGUGCCGGUUUUCGGAUGCUGAGCUUUGUGUCGCUUGCCGGGCCCUUGCGAGCGCGGACGCGGGACUGGACCGCUCACGCUUGACGGUACGGAGCUCGCGUCGAUUGUAAAAAUUUUACAUAAAAUAUAAUUUUAGUACCGUUAGAUAUUAUCCGUUUCCCAUUUUUUGAACAUACUCUGUAAUUAUAUUGCAUCGUCUGUACUUCAUUGUUGCAAUCAUUUGUAAAUAAAAUACUUUAUAUCGA